UCGAGAAAACGAAAAACAGAGAGAAUAUUGCUAACGCUGAUGAAGAUGAUGACGAUAACGAACGAUGCUUUCUGGAUUCUCUUGAUCUUGUUCAUCUCAAUGGCUUCUUCCUCCACGAUUCCAUCGCUACAAGGUUCAGGAAUCGGAACCAACUACGGACGAUACAGCUCCAAUCUUGGUGGUAAUCUCUUUCACAUUCUGUUCCCACUUUCUCGCUUGAUUCUUGAUCGUUUUCUUCUUCUUCUUCACUUUCCAGCUCCAGAGAUCGGAAUCAACUACGGCCGUUACGGCACCAACCUCCCUCCACCAGAAGCCUUACCAUCCCUCAUCACCUCUCUCUCCAUCAAACACGUCAAAACCUUCGACAUGGACCCAAGAAUCACAACCUCCUUCGCCAACACAGGCAUCUCCCUCUCCCUCUGCAUCCCCAACGACAAGAUCCCGACCCUCUCCACCAACCUCUCCGAAGCCGACUCCAUCAUCCGAACCUUCAUCCUACCAUACCACAAGACCACGAUCAUCACCUCGAUCUCCGUCGGCAACGAAGUCUCCCUCCUCCCUCAGUUCUCCCCGCACUUACUCUCCGCUAUCGUCAACGUCCACCGAGCCAUCAAACGGUACCGACUCCACAAGAAGAUCAAAGUGACCACCACUCACUCCCUCGCGAUCCUCUCGCGGCGUUUCCCUCCCUCGACGGCCAGGUUCCACGGAUCGUUCGGCGAAUCGGUGCUGAAACCGCUCGUUAGGUUUCUGCUGAGGACCAAGUCUCCUCUCAUGGUGAACGUCUACCCUUACUUGGCGUACAAGCAAUCUUUCCCGUCGAUUCCGUUAGAUUUCGCUCUGUUUCAGCCGGCGAACGGAUCUAAGCGGCGGAUGUACAGAGAUCCGUACAGUGGAGUCGCGUACACUAACUUGUUCGAUGUAAUGAUGGACUCGGUGGACUCCGCCGUGAAGGCUCUGGGGUUGCCGAAGGUUCCGGUGGUUGUGUCGGAGAUCGGGUGGCCGUCGAGUGGAGAUCCCGACGAAGCGGCGGCGAGUUUGGAGAACGCUAGGGUUUUUAAUCAGCGGUUGGUUGAGCAUUUGAGGAGAAGGGAGAAGAAGGUUACUGUGUAUAUAUUUGCUCUGUUUGAUGAAGAUAUGAAGACUGGUGCCACCGUGGAGAAGCACUGGGGGUUGCUGUAUGGUAACGGAUCGAGGAAGUAUGAUCUGAAUAUCUCGCCGCCGGUUUGAAGUUUGAGCGUCGCCUCGCGAAGGAGGAGAAGAUUCUUUUGUAAAUGGGCCUCUCGGUUUUGAUGGGCCAUAUUAGUCAACUAGGCCUUUUGUAUAAAUUGGAAAAAGUAGACAAACUGAUAAGUAGAUGGACUCGUUUGUUUUUCUCUUUGUACGAUACGUCACGUGCAAAUAUAACAUAGAUUCGAUUGGACCUGGAGUCAUGUUCUUAUAUCUAAGACGACAUUU